CCCCCCCCCCCCCACCCUUCUCAAAAAAAAAAAAGUUUUCGAGUUUUGCUUCUCUAUUCAUUGCAGUCCUGGCCAAAGUAAAGCCCUCUUUCUCAAUGACGUCAAGAUCUUUACCAAGAUUAGGCUUUCAUUUCUCUAUUGCAGCAAUUAGCCAGGGAAUGUAUAAAAGGCUUCAGGGAAACAAACUGGGCUCUAGAGAGAAGCACUUUGCACCACAGACAGAUAGUAAGUGAGGAAAAGAUAGAGUGAGAAAGGGAAAAAAUAGACAGAAGGACACACUCCGAAAGGGAGUGAGGGAGAGAAAGCAGGAGAAAGAGAAACAGAAAGUUGUGUACAAAGAAAACAGCCCCCUUAUAUUCUAAACACUAUUUUAAAAACCAACCAUCAACCUGGUAGCCCUUGUAAAUUAAGAAAACAGGAUAAUUUGAAUAAUUAAGACAAUGAAAAAACUGAAAAUAAUUUAGGAAUGUGUAUUUCAAUUUUAUAGUGGCUGGGAACUGAAAGUGCAGCAGUUUCUCUCUUUAACGGACUCAAAGAGGCUACUGGAUCAGGGACUUUUUUUAACAUCUUAAAUUCUGGGGGGAAAAGUAGCAGUUUAGAGUUGAAUGAGUUGAUGGGCUUACUCUAAUUGCUGAAUUUGAGAAGCUGACUUGAUUUUGCCACCUCUGAUCUUUUGAAAGAGGUGACAGUUUAGGUUUAUUUGCAAUCUUAGUUUCUUUUCUUUUCUCCCCCCCUCCUCACCUUACUACCAUCUCCUCCCCCUAAUCCCCCCCCUCUCCUUUCCCUUAAAUGAGGGUGCAAAAGGGAAACCAGAGAACUCAAGCAAAGUGACUAAGGAGGCGGAGAAGAUGGGUCUGCUCAGCAUAGACUUGUUGAUUACACUGCAAAUCCUGCCAGUUUUUUUCUCCAACUGCCUUUUCCUGGCUCUCUAUGACUCGGUCAUCCUCCUAAAGCACGUGGUGCUGCUACUGAGCCGGUCCAAGUCCACUCGUGGCGAGUGGCGGCGCAUGCUGACCUCAGAAGGGCUACGCUGUGUCUGGAAAAGCUUUCUCCUGGAUGCUUACAAACAGGUGAAAUUGGGUGGAGAUGCGCCCAAUUCCAGUGUUGUCCACAUUACCAGUGCUGAAGUUGGGAAUGGUCAACAGAAUAAUUCCAAGUGGAAGAGAUUUGAUGGGGGAUAUGGAGCAGAGUGCCAUCUCCUGGAUUUUGCCAACCCUGAGCGUCCACUGGUGGUCAACUUUGGUUCAGCUACUUGACCACCGUUCACAAGCCAGCUGCCGGCCUUUAGCAAGCUGGUGGAAGAGUUCUCAACAGUGGCUGACUUCUUGUUGGUCUACAUUGAUGAAGCUCAUCCAUCAGAUGGUUGGGCGGUACCUGGUAAUUCCUCUGUGUCUUUCGAGGUGAAGAAACACCAGAACCAGGAAGACCGCUGUGCAGCAGCCCAUCAACUUCUGGAGCGUUUCUCCUUGCCGCCCCAGUGCCAGGUGGUGGCUGACUGCAUGGAUAACAAUGCCAACAUAGCCUAUGGGGUAUCCUUUGAGCGUGUGUGUAUUGUGCAGAGACAAAAAAUUGCUUACUUAGGAGGGAAGGGCCCCUUUUUCUAUAACCUUCAGGAAGUUCGACUUUGGUUAGAGAAGAACUUCAGCAAGAUGAAAUCCAGGUUAGCUGGAAGAAUUUGUGAGUUGCAUAGUACUGUAUUAAAAAUAACAAAAAAAGGAGGAGGGGGAGGAAGAGAAGGAUGUACUGGAUCCACAGUUUCAACUGGAUCUCAUUUAUUCCCCCACUACAGGACAACAGUUUUAAUAGCCAUCUCAGAAGAAGAAUAAAAUUAUCCCUAACAUACCAUCACCACUUUCCUUACCAGAUAAUAAUAAUAAUACCUGCCUAACCAGCAAUCCCUUGUUACAUUUCCACUUUAUGAAAAAGAGCCUAAGAUGAACAGGAAGAACCUGUUUCAAAUGUCUCCAUCCUCCCUUGAGAUGGAAUUAAACAACUGGUGCUUGCUUUGGAGAAAAUGGGGAAAAAAAUUCAACCUGCACUAGAGAAAUGCCAGGGACAAAAGACUCUAUUAGAAUAGGGAUUGUUAGCUUAAAUUUAUCCACCAUAAAGACUGUUGAUAAAUCCCUAAAUAUUUGUUUAUAGUGAGUCUGGCGGGGAAAAAAGGGGAUUCACCUGGCUGUCCUGAUUUUCAGAGUGUUGCUGACAUCUCUGGCUCUAUCAGUAUGCACUGUAAGAUGCUGGCUGAAACAUCCAAGAAUUCUCAGGAUAUUUAGGGGUAGUUUUUGAAGACCUUCCCUCAGUUUGAAGGGUUAGGGUUACUUUUUGGUCAAGAGAUGAAGUAGUUGUAGGAAGUACACUGGAUUUGGAGUUUUAUUUCCUGAGUUAAAAUCCUGACUAUCAUUUAUCAGUUGUGAGGUCUUAGGUGACUCAUUUAAUGUACUUUAUCUUCAGUUUCCUCAUAUGUAAACUGAGGAUUUUGGAUUAGAUGAUCUUCAAAGGCCCUUUAAAUGUAAAAGCUCUAUAAUUUGUCUGAAAAUGACGAAUAGGGAAAGAGAAGACUGAAAGAUCAGGAGACUACAGAGUUUUACUUUGAAGUAGCAGAAAGGGUAGCUAAUUAGUUAGGAAUAGAAACACAUAUCCAUAGAAUUUUCCAGACCCGAGAAAAUAGUUUUGCUGAAACUCAUUCGAGACCCCAUGAGUGGGAAACUAUUUAUCCUAUAAUGAGAGAGAGAUAUAGAACGAUGAAAGGUGGUUUUGCAUUUUUUUUAUAUAAAAUAAUUUAUUUGUCUGUAGUUUGUGUAUUUGGAGUGAGGAAAUAAAUAUACCUCACUAAGCACGAACUAUUGCCAUAGGUUACUCUGUGGUUGCAGCAGUGCCAAUUGUUGAAAUGUUACAGAGCUCCACUCAUUCCUUGGCAUGGAAUACUGGUAUCUGUAAUGAUGUUCUAUAAGUUGAGCUGAAAACAACUUAUAUUUUAUGAAUCUCUCAGCUGCCUUGUGGGGAAUGAUUCUCUGGUUGCUUAAAUACUAUAUAGUCUUACUGUCCCUCAAAAGCAGGUGAACUAGCAAGAAUAAUGCAAAUACACAAAUAUGGUUUCCUUAGAAAUAUGAGUAUCAAGUCAACAAGCAUUUGUUAAGUGCCUACAAUGUGUCAGGCACAAUACUAAAUGCUUGAGAAGGUAAGAGACAGGUAGUUGGGAGGAGUCUCAUCUGAAUAUAUCAGAGUCUUUUUACAGUGUAAUCCAUAAUGACAGUCAUGGGCUUUGUUAUAAUAAAAUUCUCAUCUUUACACAGAAUUCUAAAUAGGAUCUAUCUUGGGCCCUCUCCACCAAGGGCUACUUCUUAGAAGUACCCAAAAGACUUUGUUAUAUGUAGUGUAGUCUUCUACCACACUGUUAUAUGCCAUAGAUGGAUUUUAAUAAAACUGCCAGGUUAUAUAAAACAUUCUGAGAAGAGAACUAUCAGUUUUCUUGAAGGUCAGAUUUUAGAGAAUAUUUAAAGACUAGGUUAUUAAAAAUGUGAAGAGAUUUUUUUUUUGUAAUUUAGAGAAAUUCAAGUUUCAGUAUAUGUCAUUAUUUAAUGGACAUAAUUCUUAGUUAUUAGCAGUUUUAAAGACCAGCAUGGAAACAACACUAAACUCAGGUGAUUGCAUCUGAAAAUAAGCAAGAAAAGGAAUGAAUUGCAAAAGACAAACCCAUUGAGAAAAGCCAGAAACCCGUGGUACUGAAUUUGAAUAUCAUAAAAAUAAAGUGUUUCAGAACUGUAAAAAGAAAAAAUCAGCGCUGGAGUAGAGCUCAAAUGUUUUUCCCUACCAAAUUAACUUGCCAGCUUUUUUGGUGUUUUAUACACAUUAUCAGAGUAGAUAAAUAGAAUUGCAAGAUUCUUGUUAUUUAAUGAACUGGUAGCAAAUAAUAUUUUUAAAUGAAUAUCAAAUGUUUACAGAUUCCUGAUUUUUUCUCACUUGGACUUUUUUUUGCAUUAAAAAAUCGUUGGUUCAUUUGCCCAGUUUCUUUGUUUCUCAAAAAUGGGGUUAGGGUUUAUAUAGUGCCCUUAAGAGAUUUUAUAAAAAUCAGUGGCACUAUCUGAGUGAUGUUUUCCUUGGAAAUGUCUUCUUGUUUUUUCCCCAUGUACAGAACUGGUAAAGUAUGUCAGAGAAGGUGGGGGGAAGGAAAGUAAGAUUCCAAGAAGGCAAUGCUUAUUGUUCAGAUAAAAGAGUGGAAGAAAUAUACUUUUGUGAUCUGAUUUUGCUACAAGUAUGUGGAAGGAAGCAUGGAAUAGGCGAUUCCUCUUGCAGAGGAUUAGCAGUAAAGAAACAGAGCAAUGGGAGUUAGUAAAUGAAAGGCCAAAUAUCAGGGGAAAGAUUAUUUUUAAUGAGAAGAUAUAUCCACAUAAAACAGAUUCCCCAAGGAAGAGCAUGGAAACCUUACCAAUACACAAGGGUAAAGAAAUGUAGCUACAUAUAACCCAAUUCACACAUCUUAACAACCAUGACCCAAGAGGUUCCCUAUGUCUGUAUUUUUAUUCAUUGUGUUUACAGAACGUACUUCUGAUUCUUAUCACAGUUUAUAUUCAAACAACCUAAUAAUCCUUUGGGAGAAGAUGUGAUAAUCUUUCACAUAUCUAUGUGUGUGUAUAUAUAAAUAUAUAUAUAUAUAUAUAUACACAUAUAAAUACAUACACAUAUAUUUGUAUAUGCAUAUAUACAUUUAUUGUCACAACUGUGAUUUGGCAUUCAUCCUCUCACCUGAUCAUUUUCCUUUGACAGGCCAUGUUUAUAUGGGGCUCUUAGUUUAAAUAUGUUAACUGGAUUAGCUUGUAUAUCAUUGAAGUAGUUUUCUAGCUACUUAAAACUUUGUUAAAGGCAAUGGAUUCAUAUUUUAUUCAAAAUUUCAAAGUUUAUGGCUUAGAACUGUUCAAAACUUACUUCACUACUUAGAAGAUUAACCAGGGCUUUCUCGAAUAGGCAUGAAUAAAAUAUCCAUCAAGUACUGGCAGACAUUUAAUACAAUUUUAAAAUAGCUCCCUGAUCUCACAAGAGGCAAACAGAUUAGUAAUAGUCACCCAACUUUGCAUAUUUGAGGUGAUAGUAAUUUAACUUACUUGGCUAUCUUUUUGCUUGUUUUGAAUUUCCAGUACUGUGUCUUCACAUGCUCCUGAAUUUGGGCACCUCUGCUUUUUAAACAUUCUAAUCAUUUGGUAAAGCAAAAUUACUACUCUACCUAAUCACUCACAGCCCUAAUAAUGUAGAAAAGGCCCUCGUUCUGUUCUUUCCAGAUUACUGGUGUCAAUCUAGGCUCAUAGGUGAAAGGAAUACAAUAGAUUCAGUGAUCUUCUAUAACAUAUAGGUGACAGAGGGAUGGAGUUGAAGUGUUCUUUUUAAUGUUGGACAGACUGCUAGGAUUUGGUUAGAUUCCUUCCAUACCUACUUUUAAUGGACCAUGUAUAUGGAGACCAAUCCUACUCCUGGGACAAUAAAAAAAGGAGACGAUCUUACCUCCUGUGAAUUCAAGGAAGACUUUUCUCUCUUGAGAGGCAAACCUGAUCUCUGAUUCAAGAGUCUCAGAAUUGUGUUCAUUAAGAAUUUCAUGUUUAUUUGUAAAAGUAAAGAUUAAGCUCUCUUCUGUGGGUGAGGGAAUGAUGAAAAAGUUCACAUUUAGUGUUCCUAAGAAUCUGACCAUUUUAUCUUUCUCACUAUUGGUGGCUGGCAGUGAGUCUUUACCAAAAAAAA